CGCCUUUGGGGAUCGAGGUUUGCUUGCAGGAGAGCUGAAAGACUGAGGCUGGAACCGAACUGGGGGACGCCUGGAAAGGGAGACUCCAAGUAUAGAACAUAAUUUUCUAUAGGAAAAACAUCACUGAACAAUCGCCAGGAACAAAAAUGUAUGGGCAGAACACCAUUAUACAGAAGGCGUCAGAGGGGAUGUCUGUUCUCCAGGCUGGGAGUAUUGAGAAAUGCCUAUAAAGGAGACCAGGAGAUCCAAUGGAUCAGCAAACAGAAAAAGGUUCCCUUUCCCUUGCACGGUGGGAAGCUCAGUGGCAGGAGUUCCUCAGAACAGUGGAAAACCCUCACUCUGGAUGGGGAAUCCCACAUUUGCCAGGUAAACCUUCACCGUGGGAGGAUGCUAAGGCCUUUCUGGUCUCCUUUGAGCAAGUAGCCGAAGCCUGUGAGUGGCCCAAGGAAGAGUGGGUGAACCGACUCCUGCCAGCCCUCAGCGGAGAAGCCGAGCAGGCCUUUAAUAGUCUGGAUGGCAAAGACAGAGAGGAUUAUGGGAAGGUGAAGGCAGCCAUUUUGCGAGGGGAUGCCCUGAGCCGAGAGAAGCAGCGUGAAGCAUUUAGGCAUUUCUGCUAUCAGGAAGCCGAGGGGCCAAGAGGGGCUUACAGCCAACUCCAAGAAAUGUGCCGUGGGUGGCUGAGAGUGGAGAAGCACAGCAAGGAGCAGAUCCUGGAGCUCUUGAUCCUGGAACAGCUGCUGAACAUCCUACCCCUGGAGAUCCAGCGCUGGGUGAGGGAAACCGGCCCUGAGAGCUGCUCCCAGGCCGUGGCCCUGGCCGAGGAGUUCCUCUUAAGGCAGCAAGAGGCCAAGAGGCAGGAGAAGCAGGGUCCCUCUCUGCUAUUGCAGGUGCCCUUGGAGGAGGCAUCUGGGAGUGUCUCUGAAGCAGGCCAGGAUCUGUCUGAGAUCGAGUGGAGGCAUCUGUUGAGGGGCAUCAAGGAAGAGGAAGAGGAGACAAGCCUACUAGGUGAUGUGAAACAGAAUGAAAAUGAUGAGAGACUCCAGGCAUUGUCAUUGGACGACGUCAAGAAUGAAAACUUAAAAGAAAAUGUCCAGAAUCAAGAUGGACAAAAGAGGCAAGAAGGAAGCCACAUGGUGGAGGGGAGGAAUAAACCUAUUCCUUGCCAAGGUGGGGAAUUCCAGGAAAUCUCAGCCCAAGGAGAAAAGGCAGCUGGAGAGAGGAGAAAUAAGGGCCCCAGUGCUCAGGUGAGAAUCCAUACUGGGGAAAAACAAAAAGAUAAUGUGGAGUUUGAGAAGAGCUUCAGUCAGAGCAUGAACCUUACUUCUCAUCAACAAAUUCACCCGGUAGGGAAAGCAUAUAGUUGCUCAGAGUGCAGAGAGAGCUUCAGUAGGAAAACAACUCUUACUUCCCAUCAAAGAAUUCAUGCAAGGGAAGAGCUAAAAAAAAAUCCAGAGAACAGCUACAGUUGGAGAUCACAGCAACGACACCAGAUGACCCAUACAGGAGAGAAACUAGAUCCACGCUCAGAGGUUGAACAGACUGUCAGUAGCCAUGUAAGCCUUACUGUGCAACAAAAAAAACACACAGAAGAGAAACGGUAUAAGUGCUCAGAGUGUGGAAAGAGGUUUAGGAGCGCAUCACACCUUCGGCAGCAUCAGACACUCCACACCGGGGAGAAACCAUAUCAGUGCUCAGAGUGCGGUAAGAAGUUUACUCGAACAUCAUCCCUGCGCCAGCAUCAGAGAAUCCACACUGGAGAGAAACCUUAUGAGUGUUCGGAGUGUGGACAGAGAUUUGGUUUCAGUUCCCUCCUUCAACGACACGAAAAGAUCCACACAGGAGAGAAACCAUAUCGAUGCGCAGAGUGUGGGAAGGCUUUCCGUCUCCGCUUAAGCCUCAUUGUGCAUCAAAGAGCACACACAGGGGAGAGACCUUACAAAUGCUCAGAGUGUGGAAAGACAUUUAGCCAGACAUCAUCUUUGCAAAAACAUCAAAGAACACACACAGGGGAAAAACCUUAUGAGUGCCCUGAGUGUGGGAAGAGAUACAGUUGCCAAUCCCACCUUCAGCGGCAUCAGAAGAUCCACACAGGGGAGAAACCAUAUCAGUGUUUAGAGUGUGGAAAGAAAUUCAGUUUAAGUUCCCAUCUUCUACGCCAUCAAACAAUUCACACAGGGGAGAAACCGUAUCAGUGUUUAGAGUGUGGAAAGAAAUUCAGUUUAAAUUCCCUUCUUCUACGCCAUCAAAUGAUUCACACAGGGGAGAAACCGUAUCAGUGUUUAGAGUGUGGAAAGAAAUUCAGUUUAAAUUCCCUUCUUCUACGCCAUCAAAGGAUCCACACAGGGGAGAAACCAUAUCAGUGUUCAGAAUGUGGAAAGAGGUAUAUUCAGACAUCAGAUCUUCGGCAGCAUCAAAGAAUCCAUGCGCCAAAAACCACAUAUGUUUGUGGUUAUCCUCUGUGGAACGUAGUUAAGGAGCACCUCUCAAAAGUUUUCCAUCGGAACAAUAUCACGGAGCGAUCACCCCAUAUGAAAAUGGAGGGGCAAAGCACCACAGCAGGGGAAGCACCAGAGGGGAUAGCAAAAUCUCUUCGCAUCCUCUGGGACGGGAGCAUCGGGAAAUUCCUUCAGAGGAGACCAGGAGUUCAGGCACAUCAGGAAGCAGGGGACGGUUCCCUUUCCCUUGCCCAGUGGGAAGCCCAGUGGGAGGAGUUCCUCAGGACAAUGGAAAACCCUCACUCAGGAUGGGGAAUCCCACAUUUGUCGGGUAAGCCAUCACCCUGGGAGGAUGCCAAGGCCUUCCUGGCCUCCUUCGAGCAAGUGGCUGAAGCCUGUCAGUGGCGCAAGGAAGAGUGGGUGACCCGACUCCGGCCAGCCCUUAGUGGAGAAGCUGAGCAGGCCUUAAACAGUCUGGAUGUCAGAGACAGAGAGGAUUAUGGGAAGGUGAAGGCAGCCAUCUUGAGAGGGGAUGCCCUAAGCCGGGAGAAGCAGCGUCAGCAGUUCAGGCGUUUCUGCUACCAGGAGGCUGAGGGCCCACGGGGGGCUUACAGCCAACUCCAAGAAAUGUGCCGUGCGUGGCUGAGAGUGGAGAACCACAGCAAGGAGCAGAUCCUGGAGCUCUUGAUCCUGGAGCAGCUGCUGAUCAUCUUACCCCAAGAGAUCCAGAGCUGGGUGAGGGAAAACAGCCCUGAGAGCUGCUCCCAGGCAGUGGCCCUGGCCGAGGAGUUCCUCUUAAGGCAGGAAAAGCAGGUGCUCUUGGAGGACGCAUCUGGGAGUACCUGUGAGGCAGGACAAGAUCUGCCUGAAAGCAAGUGGAGGCAGUUCUUGAUGGGCAUCAAGGAAGAGGAUGAUGGAGAAGCCAGCUUGCUGGGGGUUGAUCAGGAGAAUGAGGAGGACAAGGAACAGCAUCAGGUAUCACCAGAUGAAGCCAAGAAUCAAGAGAUGAAAGGAAGUUUCAUGACUCUCAGUGGACCCAAGAAGCAGAAAGGAAGCCAGAUAGUGGAGAAGGGGGAUGAACCCAUUGCUUGCCAAGGAGGGAAUUUACAUGAAGAAAUUCACAUGUAUGAAUGCUUGGAGUGUGGAAUGAACUUUUCAGAUCAAUCCCAUUAUAAUAUCCAUUUGCAAAAGCACAGUGGAAGGAAGACCCGUCAAUACUCAGAAGGGGGAAGGAGCUUCAUUCGCACAUCAGAGCUCCUUAGACAUGAAAGAAUCCAUACAGGAGAGAAACCAUAUAGCUGCUCAGACUGUGGAAAGAGCUUCUUACAGAAAGCAAAUCUUAUUCAGCAUCAAAAGAUUCAUUCAGAAGAGAAACCAUUGAUCUGUUCAGAGGUGGGAAAUACUUCCUCUGAGGGAAAAAAGGCCAAUGUACACUUUCCCAAGCAUAGUGUGAUAGAGCCACAUAAAUGUUUUCUAUGUGGAAAGUGUUUCAGAUACAAAUCAAAGCUCCUUGCACACCAAAGAAUCCACACAGGUGAGAAACCUUUUGAAUGUUCUGAGUGUGGAAAGAAAUUCAGUCGGAGAUGCCAUCUUCAGCAGCAUCAGAGAAUCCAUACAGGAGAAAAACCUUUUCAAUGCUCCGAGUGUGGAAAGAAAUUCAGUCAGAUUAUGAAUCUUCAACAGCAUCAGAGAAUCCACACAGGAGAGAAACCUUUUGAAUGCUCUGAGUGUGGAAAGAAGUUCAAUCAGAUGACAAAUCGUAAGCAGCAUGAAAGAAUCCACACAGGGGAGAAACCAUUUGAAUGUUCUGAGUGUGGAAAGAAAUUCAGUCGGAGUUGCCAUCUCCAACAGCAUCAAAGAACUCACUCAAGGGAGAAACCUUUCAAAUGCUCAGAGUGUGGGAAAAGCUUCAAGUGGAGUGUCAGUCUUCAGUGGCAUCAGAGAAUCCAUACAGGUGAGAAACCUUUUGAAUGCUCAGAGUGUGGAAAGAGCUUCAAUUGCAGUCGUGACAUUCAACGGCAUCUAAGAACCCACACAGGUGAGAAACCAUUUGAAUGCUCGAACUGUGGAAAGAAUUUCAGUCAGAAAUCCUCCCUUCGAAAGCAUCAAAGAAUUCACAUAAGGGGAAACCAUGUAACUGAUUAGCCUAUGACCAGAGCUCGUCUUGUAUUUCAGACUUUAAAAACCACAGAGAGAGACACAGUUGAAAUCAUAUAAAUCUUUGUAAAGAUCUUGCGUCUGCACCGAAACAUUACUGUAACCAUAGAAGGCAAACAAAGAAAAAUCAUUUUGAGGAGAAACAGUAUAAAUGCUCAGAAUGUGGAAAGAGGUUAAAUUGGAGUAGUACUGUUCAACAGCAUCAGAUAAUAUACAUAGGAGAGAAAAAGUAUAAAUGUUCUGAUUAUGAGAAGAGCUUUAAUCCUGAUUGACACCUCAAAUACAUUUCACAGGGAAGAAAGCAAAGAUUUCACAGGGAAGAAAGCAAACAUGACUCUGCCUUCCUCAGAGUCAUGUUUCACAAGUUGCUGUGUAACAAAGAGAAGAAUCUAGAAGAAUACUUGUAUACAAACAACAUAUUUUGCAAAAGAGAACAUCCUGUACACAGCAAACAUAUGACUUGUAAGCCUGCCUUUGAAUUAAGUUAGAGCGUUCCACUUCUCCUUUCCUUUCAUGCGGCUCAGUCUCCCUGGGUAACUCCAGAGAUAUGCAUGUCUUUACUUCUAUCGUCCCGGUUAAAUCCUCAUUCAGAUCAAUUACACUUGUUGCUUAAAGCAACCAAUACCUUUAAAUGAAGGGUGUAUAAUCUACCUCACUAUUGAGACCAUAAGGUGCAUAAGUUUUAUACUCAUGUAUAAAUUGCAUUUCUUUUUGUAACAAUACCUUUUUAUAUCCUUUAGAUUGUAGGGAUCAGGGUCAUAUUUGUAAAUUACAAAAUAUCUCACGUCUUCAGAAACGUGUUGCUUGUCUAAGAAAUGCUGAACCAAGGGAGCCUCUCAAACUUGAUUUUUUUAAAACCUGGAUGCCUGUUCCAACAUCCUCACUUUAAUUUUUCUAGUACUGUUGCCUAAAUAAUGGAGGCUCCCUGCUGGGCCAUCCUGCCCCUUGUUGGGUGCUGGGGACAGAUGACAGGCGGGUGCCCUUCCUAAUUUCGGUGGUGAGCAUCAGGGAAGCGCGCCCUCCCUCCCUCCAGCCUGGCCAGGGCUUGACAGGCAUGAAGGUACCUGGCUGCAGCCGAUCUGCAGUGAACAACAGAGAAGCACCCGCCCUCCCUUCAGCCCAGCUGGGGCUUGACAGGCACAAAGGGGUCUCGCAGCCGCGGAGCCCAGCAGUGAACAACAGGGAAGCGCCCCCGCCCUUCCUGCAGCCCGGCUGGGGUUUGACAGGCGCCGGGGGCACAUCGCCACCACCGAUCCCAGCAGCGAGCAGCAGGGAAGUGUGUCCGUCCCUCCUGUAGCCUGGCAGCGGUUUGGGGGCUUGACAGGCACGGGCGAACCUCGCCACCACCGAUCCUGACAGCGAGCAGCAAGGAAGCAUGCCUGCCCCUCUGCAACCCAGCCAGGACUUGACAGGCCAUGGGGCCCCUCGCCGCUGCUGGUCCCACCUACGAGCAGCAGGGUAGUGCACCUGUCCCUCCUGUAGCCCAGCAGGGGCUUGGGGGCUUGACAGGUGUGAGGGUGCCUCGCUGCUCAGGUCCCAACAGCAAACAGCAAGGAAGCCGCCCUCCCUCCCUCCCUGUAGCCUCUUUUCCCUCCUAGGGGUGCACGAGAGCACACCUGUGCAGUGGAAUCAAUCUGAGUUGUCACUUGUCAGCAAUAUGCUUUCUCAAUUAUGUUACAGGAUAGUGCAGAGUGGUAAGCUGCAGUACUGCAGCCCAAGCUCUGCUCAGGACCUGAGUUCAAUCUUGACAAAGCUGGGUUCAAGUAGCCAGCUCAAGAUUGACUCAGCGUUCCAUCCUUCCAAGGUCGGUAAAAUGAGUUGGGUUCAGUGAGGCUCCUCUUUGCCCAGGCGUCAAAGAUUGUGAAAGUUCUUACACAAAGAAAUUGCCCUUCUAUGUGAAACUCACUACUUAAGGCCACCUGUCAACUUAACGCUUUCUGAUAUUUGGAAAACUGGCAAAAACAUUUAUAUUUUCUAAAUCCUGUGAAGAAACAGACAAGAUGGGGAGAGUAAAUAUCUACAGUUUUUCUGCUAGAGGUGUAAAUGUAAGAGGAAUAGCCAACAUCUCUAAUUUACAAACAGUUUUAUCUGACCAGAAGUUCUAAAGAGGUAUCACCCACCAACCCUAAGUCUCCCCCACCAGCCCUUUCUGCUGCAAGCUUUCCAGGGUCUCCCCAUUGUGAAGCCCAAAAGUUCUGGCAGUAGAAUUGACUGCCUCCAAAUUCAAAGUGGUCAGACCCCCUAACACCAUACAAUGUUGUGGAAAUGGGUGGAUAUCCUUGGAAAUGGUAGGUGAACAUUGUGAGACACUAAUUCCCCAAUUCCAUUUGACCCUCAUCCCCAUAUUCUCCUCGAGAGCAUCAGGAAGGAGAAUUAAAACUCCCUCCUGCUCUGUACCCCCCCCCGGACUCCAUACGUGGGAAAUUACUGGGUGUUAACCCUGGGGGAGGAGGCCAGCUUUCUCACCUGGUGAUUUAUUUUAGGGCCAGGAUUUUCCCACCUCUGACUUCUCACCUGACCCUUGAAUUCCUCUAUGGAGAUUGUGCCUUUGUUGAAUCGACUGAGCAAAUUCUCUUUUCAUCUCUCUAGUUUAGUUUGGAAAGGUAUCUAGCUGAGGGUUGCUAAGGAUUCAGAGGGUGGGGGGAAUAUAUCCUGCCCCUUUCAUAGAGGCUUAGUAUGUGGAAAUGGACAGCUGAACUUUUCCUGGCCUGGAGGUAAAUAACGUCCCAUGAAUCCUCUUUUUUCUCUCCAAGCAGUUGGUGAAACCUUCAUCGGGUGUUUUACCGUCUGAGAAAACAAAAGUCAGCUAAUGAAGGGUUACAUUGAGGCAAUCAAAGUUUUUAUAAAUUACUCCAGAUUGUGUGUUUUCUUCUUUGUGCUUUGUGGGAUUUUUAUUAGUUGGAC